AUGUCUUCCACAGAAACUCUUCUCUCAGCGGCCACUGGGCCACUGGUUGACGGCUCUUGUAGGCGUGUACUGGUGGUUGUGACCGCUGGCGGAUAUACCAAUGCAGCACCUGUGCUGGAAAUCGCGAGGAUACUUGCCUCUCGUGGCUACACGGUAGAAUUCGGUACAUUGGCCGGACGCGAGACGUGGAUCAAAGACUGUCCCUUCGUUUCUCGUUUUCACGUCCUUGGCCCGGCUUUGCCAUCCAGCGUGGAGGAGGCCAAGUACUUGCAGAUGUCGAACUGGUCAAGCGACAACUGGGGCACCAAGUUCGAAGCGAGAAAGUUUCUCGAGUCGUCUUGGCCAGAUGUCUACAGAAGCCUCACAAGGCUUGCCGAAAACGCUGACACCCGACCCGAUUUCAUCUUGGCGGACUAUUGGGUCGAUGCCGCGCGCGAUGUCAGCUCCGACCACGAUAUCCCUCUGGCCAUGCUCUGGCCACAGAUGCCAACCGCCAUGCUUCACGCGCCAUACAUCCCGGGUACUCCAGGGUUACAGAUUGAGGUGCUCUCCUCCGAGUACGCCUCGCUGUGGCAACGGUUCCAUAGCGGCAUCGCAAUCUACACCUCGGCGCUGCACUACUAUCGAUAUUUGCGUUGGCGGAAGAAAAUGCGUCUGGAGGCUGGUGUCUCGCGCCCUCUUCCCUCACUACGGAAGCCGGAUUAUCUCUGCCUCGUCAACUCGAUGUUCGGCUUGGAAAUCGCCAAGGACGUGCCGCCCAACGUUGCCGCCAUAGGUCCUGUUCUUUCCGACGAGGUAAAGAGUAUCGCAGAACCGUACGCGAGCUUCCUCGAGAAACGGCGGCGUGUUCUGUACAUCUCCCUGGGGACCCAUGUACUGUUGUCUUGGGCAAGCCUAAAAAAACUUCUCUUGGGCGCUCUCGCAGCUCUAGAAGCGGGCUCAAUUGACGGCAUUAUCUGGCCGAUGCGACCCAUGGCUCGGAAGCAAAUGGACUGCAAUUCAUCGAUUCCAGUACGACUGUCGCAAUCUCAGGAGAUCCGGUAUAUGUCUGUUUCCGAGCUGCUGAUGGGCAGUCACCCGUCCGUCUUGUUCGUCGAUUUCGCUCCGCAGCGGGCUCUGCUGGAAGACAGGCGCGUUGCCAUAUUCCUGAGCCACGGCGGUCCUGCAUCGGCGAAUGAGGCCCUGUUCGCGGGGGUGCCGCUCAUCACGCUGGCCGUCUACUUCGACCAGGUUCAAAACGAGAUGCGACUGCGAGACGCUGGCGUGUCUAUCCCGCUGUCGAAGGAUAAGUUCUCCGCCGAAGACGUGGAGACGGCCAUUGGCGACCUCGUACUGGACAAGUUAUCGGACGGACCCAUCGCGGCGAACGUGGACAGGCUGCAGAAACUGGCUCGCAUUGCAUCGCGACGUAAAUCGCUUGCUGCAGACUUGAUUGAGGAGGUGAUGGUGGACUCGGAAGGCCGGCGGCGUGAGCAACUUGCUGAAGAUUUGAGCUUGGGAGAGAAGGGAAAAGGUUGGGGCAAGAGGAAGAAACGGCAUAUGCACCUGCAGCCUGCUGAUGUAAGAAUGCCCGCCUGGAAAGCACGGAACUGGGACUUGUAUGGGCUGUGCAUGGCGGCUACGCUGUGUUUUGUGGGAUUGGUGGUCGCUAUUCCUGUCGUCUGCACCCGCUAG